AUUUACCAGCUCUAGUGUUUCAGCGAAAUGGGUUCCAACUUACAGCAGCACAUCACCGCGAUUGAAAGUGAUUCGCGUACAGUGCGACAACUGCAUAACGAUUUCCUCCAUAACUUGCUCUCCAAGCACCAUCAAACCCAUAAGACAUUGCUGCACUUGAAACAUAACUCACUUGCAGAUAAUGCAGCCGAGUUGAGAAAGCAAGGAAAUCUUGACUGGGACGGUGAAGUGGACCGUUGGAUCUUCUUCUCAUUGAAUGAUCUGAAUGGUUUCUUGCUAUCUGCUGAGCAGCAACUGUUCACUCUAUUGCCGGAUUCAUCAGCGCUAUCGCUCGGGCACAGUGCUUCUGCAAUCAUACAGCAAAUGGAGCAUCAAUUGAAGAGUCUGCGUUCCUUCUCGGAUGAUGUUCAACCAAAACUGCUUCAGUUGGGCAGUUCAUUGGCCACACUGUCACUGCAUGAGAGACAGGAUCGGGAUGCACUGGACUACCUGCGGAAUGCAUAUGAGAUUGGUGAGAACAACAAGUUGUUCUUCUGGGUUGGAUUUGACGUGCGAGGAUUCAAUCGGAACCAGCUGCACUUAUCUUCCUCUAAAAAUCAACUGACAUUGCAAGCAAAGUCUAAGCAUAACUCGCAUAGUUCAACGGAACACUUCGACUUCUCUCGCACAGUUUUCCUGCCGAAUGCAGUGCAGUGGGACCAGCUUCAUAGUCGUUUGAGCAGCGACGGCAUUUUGCUUGUGAAAGCACCGGUUAACGUGUCAGAUCAUCAUCAGUUUGCAUCCACCAACGAUGCGCACCUGGCAUUGAAAGCGCAGUUGAAGGGAUCGUUCUCACUGAAGGCGACAGGCUCAACCGGUCUUUCUCAACUGAAAGACAGUUCAAGUGGAUCAAAGUUGCAUUUGGAGCUUCCACUUGAGGCUGGAUUCAGCGGAGAGGAUUUAUUUGCACACCUGAGUGUCAAUCAUCUUAUUUUGUCUGGCCGAAAACAGUUGGCGGAAAGCUCUGGUUCAUCGCACUCGACUAACUUCAAGCAGUUCAGUCAUUCAUUCAAGACCUCAGAGACGCUGGAUCUGUUGUCUUUGAAAUUCGAAGUGCAAGGUAACACUGUGCUUCUGGAGGCUCCUUUGCUGAAGUCUAACUGAACUAUUUGUUCAAAGGCGUGACCUCGUAGUACAGCUGCUUCUUACAUUCUUAUUCGCAAAUAAAU